AUGGUUUCCGCAAAGAAGCACGUCCCGAUCGUCAAGAAGCGCACCAAGGCCUUCAUGCGCCACCAGAGCGACCGCUUCAUGCGUGUCGACUCGGCCUGGCGCAAGCCCAAGGGUAUUGACAGCCGUGUCCGCCGUCGCUUCAGGGGCACCAUUGCCAUGCCCUCGAUCGGCUAUGGCUCCAACAAGAAGACCCGCCACAUGAUGCCCUCCGGCCACAAGGCCUUCCUCGUCAGCAACGUCAACGACGUUGAGCUGCUCCUUAUGCACAACCGCACCUACGCCGCAGAGAUCGCCCACAACGUCUCAUCCAGGAAGAGGAUCGAUAUCAUCGCGAGGGCGAAGCAGCUGGGCGUCAAGGUCACCAACCCCAAGGCGAAGGUCACGACGGAGGUGUAA